AGUUUUAGUUUCAUUUGUUUCAGAUGAUACCUGUUGCUGCAAAUGAUGUUGCUUUCUCGAUCCAUGCUGUUCUACUGACAGCAAUUACAUUGUUCCAGAAUGCAAUCUAUGAACGUGGGAGUCAGAAAGUGUCCAAGGUUUCUAUUGGAAUUGUCUCUGUUGCAUGGCUUGUUGCAGCAGUUUGUUUCUUUAUUGCUUUGCCGAAUAAUUCCUGGCUUUGGCUUCUCUCCGUCUUCAACACAAUUCAAGUAGUUAUGACUACUAUAAAGUACAUUCCUCAGGCAGUCAUGAACUUCCUGAGAAAAAGUACUGAUGGCUUCAGCAUUGGUAACAUUCUACUUGAUUUUUCUGGAGGAAUAGCAAAUUAUGGACAGAUGGUUGUGCAAUCAACAGAUCAAGAUUCAUGGGUCAACUUCUAUGGGAAUAUAGCAAAAGUGUUGCUAUCUUUGGUAUCUGUAUUCUUUGACAUUAUUUUCAUUAUUCAACAUUAUGUUCUGUAUCGUGGUAAAAAAUCCUCCAAAUUGGAGAUCACUACAGAGCAAGAAGAUCAAAUCAGAGAGCACCUUGUCAGAAAUUCUGAUCAAUCAUCACCAGAGAAUGUGUAAGAUAUGACUUACUUCAUAAUGUAUAUUAAACUUCCCAUUGUAUGUUAUUUGUAUCAAAAUCCAAUUAGGAUGUUUUUCUUAUCCCAUACAUCAGGGGCACCAUUUUGAUGGGAGCUUCAAUAAAUAUUGUAUAAGUUUUAAGAAUUUUAGGCCAGCAUUCUUUUAUACUAUUUUGUAUUACAAAUUUGUAUAUGACCAAGUGACUGGCAUGUAUUAUCAAGCUACUCAAUUACCUACUGGUGUUUGUGGCCGUUUGAAAUUUUCCCACGA